AUGCGGGCGCCGCGCACAGUCUCAACAAACGGCGACGUCGGAGGCGACGCGACGGAGGCGCGGCGGCGACCCGACCGGCCGCGCGCCGGAGGGCGACCUGCCGACAGUCGGCACCGGCGCCGGGCCGACGACGGACCGGCCGCCGCCGAGGACAGCGUCAGUCCCCCCGCGGUGUCGGCGACCAGUCUGGCAGUCGUGCUCAUCCCCAUCAUCUCGGCACUGGGCGUGGUCGGCAACGCGCUCAACCUACUGGUGCUGACCCACGGCCGGCGCCACCUGCGCCACUCCAUCUACGUCUACUUCACCUUCCUGUCGCUGGCGGAUCUGGUCACCUGCCUGCUGGUCCUGUUCAGCGGCAUCGCCAAGGGCGUGGCGGCCGACAGCGUGUGGUGGCAGCUGUUUGACGUGUACCUGCACCUCGGCUGCGGCGCCGUCUCCACCACCGCCUCCGUCGCCACCGUCGUCAUGGUCACCGUCGAGAGACUCGUCACCAUCAGGUAA